CCAACAAUCCUCAUCAAUGAUGCAGCCAGAUAACCACAGCAUGGCCACAGCUAAAGAGAUCUAAUUGGGAAGAUUACGUUUAUUUAUAGCAAGGACCAUACUUGCCCGAGUUGCGUUUCCGUUUUAGUUUCAAAAGAAAUGUUUAAAAUGUCGGACAAUAUAGACAACGAAGGUUGGUUGGUGCAAAAAACUCACUAUGCUGUUAACGAAAAGGAUAUAUAUGACGCGAAGUGCUGGCUUGUUACUGCAAAAUGCUUGUAUCCUUCCAACUUCAAAGUGCAGUAUGAAGCUUAUUUAAUCGAAAAAGAUGCAAAAAGAGUUAAAGAAGCUGCAGAGCUUUUUCUUCACAUGCUUGGUCAGUUUUCAUCUGAGAGGAUUCUGGCUGAGGAGCUUUGCAAGAUUACUGAAGCACUUGAGACAAAAGAAAUUGACCAGAAAAGUACUUUUCUUAAAGAUAUGUUUAACAGUCUAUCAAGAACAUCACAAAAGGGACUUUUGAUCAAUGCUGCUGCAAAGCAAAGUGAUUGUUCCGAAAAAUGUCGUCUUACACUGCUGUUGAUCAAGCAAUUUCCUGAAGCUGUAAAAGAGUGUGCGGUUUCUCUUAUACAAUCAUUGAUGUCAAAAGAACGCGAGAUAUCUCCAGAUUCACCAAUCAACAUUUAUAGAAAAUUACUUGUUUGUAAUGCACUUCCUGUUGUCGUAAGCAGUGAACAGCUGAUGAUAAAUAUUGAGAACAGACCUGAUAAGAACCAGAGUUCCACCAUACUUACAUUGAGUCCAGAUCAAGUGCUAAACUGGCUGGAAUUAUCAAUCCAAUAUAUAAUUUGCUGUCAAGCGUUUCGAGCUAAUGUUUACCCACAUGCAUCCAGUCAUGAUGUAGAUCCAUCAAUUCAUAAUCAGGUUGAUUUAUGGUUACAUCUUCACGAGCUUCUUUGCAUCAUGGGUAAUAAAUGUGGCUGGGUUGAUAUUUUACGUUUGAAAGAUAUUUUGUCACCUAACAGGAGUGUGAAAGAUGCAUGGAGUUGUUUGUCAGAGAUUCAUCAUAAUCUUAAAAAAUCAAUGAAAGUAAAGACAAAAGCUGUUGAAGAAGGGCAAGCCUCUCCAACAGCGUUAAACAUCUUGGCAAUGGAGAAGAUUGGCGUAUUUUAUGCUGCUGUUACUAUUUUCUUUCGUGCUGUAUGGCAAUAUUGUAAAAUUGUCAAUCGAAUGGACGAGAAUUGUAAAUCAGAUGGGGGUACAUCACCAGCUGUUAUUGUUUUGUUGGAAAAUCUUGUUAAUGCUGGAAAGUCAGGAGAAUCGUCAGAAGGAAGACAUCCUCCCAAGAAGAAAAGAAAGCCAGUUGAUGAUCAAAAGGAACGACAGCAAGUUCAUUUAAAUGUUGGCAGUAACUGCAUGACAGUAGAGCCUGGUACUUGUGAUUAUUUCCUUGUAGCUGCUGAUACUUGGCACAUGCUUCAUUCACAUUCUGAUUAUAAAAAUGAAUUUUCUCGAUUGUUGGACUCGUGGAGAGUUGAUGAUUGGCAAUGGAUUAUUCCGUUUCAAGUGGACAGACAUAUUUAUCGAGGAAAAUUUAAGAAAGCUAUAGAGAUAUUGCAAGACAAGAAAGAGAGUUUGAAAUAUUCUCCUUCCAAACAAUCUUUUUCAUUAAGAUGCUCCUUGCAGCUUUCAUCAGUUUAUUCAUCUCUUGGCGAACACAAGAAAGCAUGUAGCGUGAUUCUCGAAGCACUGGAGACAUUUUGGGAAGGCACAGAAAAUCUCGAUGAUUACAAAGAGAAACAAAAAAGACGAUUUGUUGAUUUAGUUGCACCAAGAAGUUCUAAAGCAGCUUCUUCUAAUGAUCGAUUUUUGGAACUUGUUGAAUGUACGGAAGAUGAAGCGUUAUCAUACUGUGUUCAGCUUUUAAUAAAUUCUUUGAAGGCCCGAAUUUUUUCUGACUCGCGAAAUGAUAAGUUACUUGGUCAUCUUAUUGUUUUGCUUCAAUAUGAUUGGCCCAAAUGUGAAGAUACGUUUUUUGAUGCAGUUAAAAAAAUCCAAACUCAAGAAGUUUUUAAAUAUCCAUGUUUCUUCGACUACAUUAUUGUUAUUGAUAUACUUGAAGAAUUUGCUUAUUUGUGCAACGACGACAGUAUUCAGAUUGAACUGCUGCGUAAAUCAUCUUCAAGCUCGCGCCGUACUCUUACAAGAGGCUCAAAUAAAGGAGCCAAAGAGGAUUUAAAGACUUCACUUGAAAAGCAAGUUUCAAGAGCUAAUGAAAGUAUCGAGUCCAUUCUUCGCCUGUUUUUCAUUGAAGAGAGAAGCAGCUUAAUCUGAUAGCAAUUUAAUUGACCAUUGCUCACUGCACUAAUUGUCGAUAAAUUUUGGGAUCCAACAAUUAAUUUUGACAUGUCAUCUUUUUGUGAUGAAAAUCAUACUCGUUGCCUGUCACAUGAUACGAGUACAACCAAGGCAUUAGUAUUAUUUUAUAGGCAAAGCAAAAUAUUUAUGUACAUCCUAUAUUGCUGUAUGCAAGCUUUUAUGAUGUUUAUACGAUAGCCCACUAGUACAAUACACGAACACAAAUGUAAGUACACAAACACAAAUUGAAGUAUCCGAAUACAUAUAGAAGUACGCGAACACAAACAUAAGUAUACAUACACAAAUAGAAGUACACGAACAUAAACAGAAGUACACGAACACAAAUAGAAGUAUCCGAACACAAACAGAAGUACACGACGGACACAACAGAAGUACACGACGAACACAAACAGAAGUAUACAUACACAAAUAGAAGUACACGAACAUAAGCAGAAGUAUAAAACACAUGUUAUAUAAGGGAAACAGAUAAUCCUUGUUUGCCAUGAAGCCCAUGGAUGGUUUGCUCGGGAUACACGAGAAACAGUAAAUGAGAGAGUUAAAUCAGAAAGUUAUAAACCAAUAAAAAUUGUAUAAUUUAAGGUUGUCUUAAAUUACAUGUGUCAUAAAAAGGCACAGUUUCAUAAGAAUUUAA